CGUGUAAGAACACCAUGUCGUUAUGAAUGAAACUGUUUGUGAAAAUGUAAAUAUUGAUUAUGUAAUGAUUAUAGGACAAUCUAAUUAAUUAAAAGAUGUAGGUAUUGUUUUUGUUUAAAAAAUAGUAAUUUCGUUCCACUAUUCGUACAUGAUCACAAUGAAAUAGCAUAGUGUCAGUCAUGAUGAGAAAAUUACACUAUAUAUACGGAAAACACUAUUACAAAUUUAGUAGACUUGAUAAAUGUACGAAGUUGUUGUUCGAGUAUAAAUAAUCAAAGAUGGUUUUGAUUACGAACAGUUUGGGAUACGAUCUUAUUGCACUUGUUGUGACCUCUCUGGCAGGAAUAAUACUAUAUCUAAAAUGGAAGUUCUCAUACUUCGCAAGAAAAGGUUUAUAUACACCUCCGACUACACUACCUUUCGGAAAUUCAAAAGGCAUUUUCACAAAACAACAAAUUGUCGCAGAGUUGUUUAAAGACGUUUAUUUUGACUUGAAAUCCAGAGGAUUGAAGCAUGGAGGAGCAUACUUGUUGUUUAAGCCAUUUUAUAUUCCAGUUGAUCUCGACAUUGUCAAAUCAAUUAUGCAGACUGACUUCCAACAUUUCGUGAACCAUGGCGUCUUUUUUAACGAAAAGAGUGACCCUCUAAGUGCACAUUUAUUUGCUUUGGAAGAUGACAGAUGGAAAAGUCUUAGAGCGAAGCUGACUCCAACAUUUACUUCGGGUAAAAUGAAGAUGAUGUUCAACACGUUGGUUGAAUGUACCAGUGGAUUGAAAGAUAUGGUGGAUCAACAUUCACAAGACAGCACACCAAUAAAUAUUAAAGAGACAUUGCAAAGGUUCACCAUUGAUAUAAUUGGUUCAGUUGCAUUUGGAAUCGAAUGCAACAGUAUGAAGAAUCCGGAUUCAAAAUUUGUGAAAUAUGGACGACGAAUUUUCGAAUUAAAUCCCAUAGAAGUUAUGAAAAACAUUGCUCAAUUUACUUUUCCUCAUAAGCUUCUCAAGUGGCUAAAUAUUGGUGUUUUCAAUAAGGAAGUUACGACAUUUUUUAUGGAAGUUGUUAAGAAGAAUGUUAAUUAUAGGGAAAAUAACAAUAUAUACAGGAAAGAUUUCAUGCAUUUGCUGUUACAGUUGAAGAACCGAGGUAGGGUCUUCGAAGAUGAGAAAUUGACGAAUGAUGCUGGAGAUAUUAAUGAAAGUGGUUUAACUUUUAAUGAAUUAGCAGCCCAAGCAUUUGUUUUCUUUCUUGCUGGUUACGAAACUUCUUCUACAGCAAUGACUUUUGCAUUAUUUGAACUUUCCACUCGUCCCGAUCUUCAACAGAAAAUUAGAGAUGAAAUCCAUGCAGUUUUGGAGAAACAUGACAACAAACUGACGUAUGAUGCUAUAAAGGAUAUGACUUAUUUGGAACAAGUUAUCCAUGAGUCUCUCAGGAAGUAUCCACCUGUGCCAUUCUUACCAAGAGUAUGCAACAAAACUUAUAAAGUACCCGGAACUGAUUUCGUCAUUGAAAAAGACACCAUGGUCGGUAUUCCAGUUUUAGGCAUACAAAAUGAUCCAGAAAUCUUUCCAAACCCCGAAAAUUUUGAUCCCGACAGAUUUUCUCCCGAAAAUAAGGCAAAAAGACAUCAAUUUUCAUGGAUACCUUUCGGUGAAGGACCGAGAGUUUGCAUUGGGCUCAGAUUUGGUACUAUGCAAGCUAAAGUUGGAUUGGUAACGAUACUUCAGAACUAUAAAAUUUCUCUUAACAGUAAAACUGCCACUCCCAUUAAAUUUGAUACUAAAUCUUUGGGCAUUUUAGCUGUGGAUGGUAACGUAUGGCUCAAUGUUGAAAAAUGUAAUUAAUUAAAUCUCUUAAUUUCACAAAAUAAGACAAAACAUUGUGGUAAGGUAUAUUCAUAUUUACUCCACUUCAUUAUUAAAUUGAAAUAAAUCAAUUAAAAGCUAUUGCAACUGAUAUUGUAUAUAAUUUCAGUUAUUAUUAAUUAUUGUAAAUAUGUUGUAUAUAUAUUUUUGUUAUUUAUAUUAAACUUU